UGGAAGCGUCGCCUCUGUUUUAUCCACUGCUCUGGUUCAGACCAGAGAAACUCCCGUUACAUUGAAGAGUUGAAACAUUUUGGAAGAAUGCAAACGGAGAAGGAGAAGGUCCAGGACCAGGACCAGGACCAGGACUGUCAAGGGUCCAGCUUUUCCUCUGCUGGUCUGCAGGUUUCCAGAGGAGAGUUAGGAGGAUUCAACUCCGUGAGGCAAAGCUCCAAUCUUGUUGCAGCGGUCUCAGGACCUGAGGCCCGUAACACUGACACCAAGAAUCAUAAAGGAAGACCCAAAAGAUACUGCUGUGAUCAUUGCAAGCAAGUCUUCACCACUUCAUCAAACCUGAAGCUCCAUAAGAAAAUUCACACUGGUGAUAAACCAUACAGCUGUGAUCAGUGUGGUGCGGCUUUUACCCGACAAGAUCAUCUAAAGCGACACCAACCUAUUCACACUGGAGACAAGCCUUACAGAUGUGAUCAGUGUGGAGCGGCUUUUGCCCAUCAAAGUGCUCUAAUUAGUCACCAACGUAUUCACACUGGUGAUAAACCAUACAGCUGUGAUCAGUGUGGAGCGGCUUUUGCCCAGCAAGGUAAUUUGAUGAUUCACCAACGUAUUCACACUGGAGACAAGCCUUACAGAUGUGAUCAGUGUGGAGUGGCUUUUGCCCAUCAAAGUAACCUAAUGACUCACCAACGUAUUCACACUGGAGACAAGCCUUACAGAUGUGAUCAGUGUGGAGCGGCCUUUGCCGAGCAAGGUGCUCUAACGAGACACAAACGUAUUCACACUGGAGACAAGCCUUACAGCUGUGAUCAGUGUGGAGCGGCUUUUGCCCAGCUAGGUAAUUUGAUGAUUCACCAACGUAUUCACACUGGAGACAAGCCUUACAGAUGUGAUCAGUGUGGAGCGGCGUUUGCCGAGCAAGGUACUCUAACGAGACACAAACGUAUUCACACUGGAGACAAGCCUUACAGAUGUGAUCAGUGUGGAGCGGCCUUUGCCGAGCAAGGUACUCUAACGAGACACAAACGUAUUCACACUGGAGACAAGCCUUACAGAUGUGAUCAGUGUGGAGUGGCUUUUGCCCAUCAAAGUAACCUAACGACUCACCAACGUGUUCACACUGGAGACAAGCCUUACAGAUGCAAUCAGUGUGGAGCGGCUUUUGCCCAGCAAGGUCAUUUGAUGAGACAUCAACGUAUUCACACUAGUUAAAAAGUGUACAUUUGUGAUCAGUGCUGAUAUCAUUUAUUUUGAGAGUUCAGUUAAAGGAGCUUGAGGCAGGAUUUAUGAAAAAAAAAGCCCUCUAGCGUAUCUCUCCGUUGCCUUGAACAGGCUGUGUGCUGCAAAAUGUGCUGCAGUGCUGGGGCCGAGUUUCCCGCGCUGUCCUGCGGAUGUGACGUCAAAUGACGCUGCAUGCGCGUUCUCCCCGUUCUCCUGUGCCGGCUUCGCUGUUGGCUGCAGUACCCCCGACAGCCGUCGUGGUGAAGGGUGGUGCUAUAGAGUCUCAUUUCUUAAAAGGAGCCUCAUGCUCCUAUAAAAGGUACCAAUUUAGUUUAGUUAAUUUAGUUUGAAAGAAAUAAUUCUGGUGGUUCGAUUGUGGGAAAGAUUUUGAAUAUUUUUUUUUUUAAAAGCAGCAGAUUCUUACAGCUGUAAGAGCUGUUCAGUUAUAACCAGAUUUAGAAAAUGAAGUACAAAAAAUGUAAUUCAAAAGUCUUUAUUUUGAACAUGAUGGUAGUGUAAGUAACAGACAUGCUCGAACAUACUUGAACAAUGAAUGCAAGAGACUUUUUUUUUGAAGCAGCAGCAGUUUUGACAUGUUCAAAAAUAAGUAAGAAGAAGAAAAAAAAACUUAUCCUACCCCUUGAAUUCAAUACCAUGUUUUUACAUAGACCCUUGUUAUUAGAUGUCAAAAAUCUCGAUGUAUUGAGAAGUUACACAAAUUAAUAUUAACAAUUUAAAAUUUGCAUCUAAGGCCCUGCAGUGAUAAGGAACAGCCCCUGAUUGGACACAGACCCCAAGCCAAAGGGGGGGGCUUGACUUCCUGGGCCAGCUAUAAAAGGAAAAGCUCUCUUUUCCUUUCUCUUUUCUCUGCAAGUCUCUUCCCUCCAAGAUCGUUGACUGAAGAAGCGUCCGUUUUGCAGCUCUGCAGUGAAUGGCCCGCGAGUUUUCUGAGCCCAAAGAGGAGCCGAACCAGGGACCCUGCAGGCCUCGACAUGAACGCCUUUGGACCGACCUGGAGCUCAAGGAGGCCAAGCUGCUGUGCCCAUGCUGCAGAACCCUCAUCCACAAGGAACAGGGGUGAGAGAGAGACACUCCCUGGAGGAUACCCUGCUGAGCAUAACUACCCUUUGUUUCAUCAAGAAACACUGACCGGCCGGAUCAAACCACUUUCUCUUCAUUUACAAAGAUUCACGUAAGAGGCUGUUCUGUGUCUGGGCAGAGAAACUUAGUAACACAUUUUUAAAAGUUAGUUUUACGUUUUGAGCCGGACUGGUGAUCCCGUCACAACUGUGCUCUUUAGUUGAGUGUGUUUGUUUAUCUGUUUUCUCCCCUCAUUCUGCUCCUACUAACCCCCCCUCCCCCACACGCACACACACGCAUACACAGGUAAUCUGAAGUUUACUGUUCAUGUUUAGUUAGUUGUUGUUUUUGGGUAGUUUAGACAUCAGAAUCUAUCCGAAGUGUUGUUUUACCAUCUUCUUGACACUUGUGUAAAUAAAUUCUGAUUAAUUUG